AACGUUAUCUACUUGCUUCUUCUUUCACCUAACUCCCAUGGUGCUGUAAAAGUUGCCACCAGUAACAGCUUCCAUUCUCCUCCAUAAUAUCUGGAGUUUGGUAAAGUUAUUAUCUUUUCGCCAAAUUGAUUUCUGGGUAGCUCUUCUUUUAUCACUCAACUUCCCCUAUCAACCCUCAUUUUUGUUGCAAAAUGCAUCAAUAUCAAGCUAUGAACUCUCCAGCUUCAAUUCAUGCCCCUUCAUUACCAUCUUCUUCUUCUUCCUCCUGUUCGCAUCGUUCUCCUCCAUGCCUCACUCAUGCUUCUCGCAAUUUCAAGUUUCCCUUGUCGUUGCCACAGCCAAUGUUUACUUCCCAAAAGAUUUACUGCUGUUCUGGAGCCGAUAUGGAGGCGUCUGUUAACACUAAUCCCAUGAAACUUCACAUAGAAACCAGAUGUUCUCCGCGAUGGUUUGAAGCACAACCCUUGAUUUCUAACCAAUCACUCAACAAAAACUUGUUCUCAGUGCGAGCUUUAGCAACUCCAACAGCUCAAGAUGUUUCUGAUACAACUCUUAUUGGUGAUGACAAGACUGGAGUGUUAUUACUAAACCUUGGAGGUCCAGAGACUUUAGAAGAUGUGCAGCCUUUUUUGUUUAACCUUUUUGCUGACCCGGAUAUUAUACGAUUUCCUACCGUAUUUAGUUUUCUUCAAAAGCCAUUAGCCCAAUUUAUAUCUGUUGCAAGGGCCCCAAAGAGCAGAGAAGGCUAUGCUUCAAUUGGUGGGGGGUCUCCUCUUAGACGUAUAACUGACGAACAGGCUGAAGAGUUGAGGAAAUAUCUUUGGGCAAAGAAUGUCCCUGCUAAAGUGUAUGUUGGCAUGCGGUACUGGCAUCCAUUCACUGAAGAAGCUAUUGAACAGAUUAAAAGGGAUGGAAUUACAAAGCUUGUCGUUCUUCCACUUUAUCCACAAUUUUCCAUAUCAACCAGUGGCUCAAGCUUACGCCUACUAGAGAAUAUAUUCCGAGAGGAUGAGUAUCUGGUCAACAUGCAGCACACAGUAAUACCUUCGUGGUAUCAACGUGAAGGGUACAUAAAAGCCAUGGCAAAUUUAAUUGAAAAGGAGCUGAAGAGUUUUGACUGCCCCGAGGAGGUCAUGAUGUUCUUUAGUGCACAUGGCGUGCCUCUUGCUUACGUGGAAGAAGCUGGCGAUCCAUACAAGGCAGAGAUGGAGGAAUGUGUGGAUUUGAUCAUGGAAGAACUUGAGACAAGGAAGAUAACUAAUGCCAGCAUCCUUGCUUAUCAGAGUAGAGUUGGACCAGUCGAAUGGUUAAGACCCUAUACAGACGAAACAAUAGUUGAACUUGGAAAAAAGGGAGUGAAAAGUCUGCUGGCUGUUCCAAUUAGCUUUGUCAGUGAGCAUAUUGAAACUCUUGAAGAAAUUGAUGUUGAGUACAAAGAAUUGGCUCUACAAUCCGGUAUAGAAAAGUGGGGCCGUGUUCCAGCUCUAGGAUGUGAACCCAGCUUCAUUUCUGAUUUGGCAGACGCCGUUAUUGAGAGUCUCCCAUAUGUUGGUGCCAUGGCCGUUUCAGACCUUGAAGCACGACAGUCAUUGGUUCCCUUGGGAAGUGUAGAAGAGUUAUUGGCUACAUACGACUCGAGACGUAGGGAGUUGCCACCGCCAUUUGUAGUGUGGGAAUGGGGUUGGACAAAGAGUUCUGAAACUUGGAAUGGAAGAGUAGCUAUGCUGGCUUUCCUGCUUCUUAUGUUUUUUGAAGUCACUACAGAAGGGAGUUUUCUGCACCAGUGGGGAAUAUUGCCCUCACUUAGGUGAAUGAACCUCCCCAUGCUCUCAAAGACGGUGGAAUAUUAUUUUGAGUUCAAUUUUGAUCUGUAUAGCUUUUUCCCCCCACUAUGAUCAAGUCAUAUCAUAUACAAUUUUAAAGUUUUUGACCUUUCAAGUGGUUAUCAAUUAUAACAUAGCUCUGCCUAUGUUGUGUUACAUAGCUGGUCCAAAAACCUGAAAUAAUGAGGCUGUAUUAGUCUGUUGACCUAAAACCUUGUCAAGUCUUCAUGACAUUGUGACAUGAUAAUAUUGUGUGUAAAAACUUCACGGUGGAUCAAAAUAAAUCCGUUCAGUUUCUGAAUAUAAUUUUAUAUGACAGUUUC